CAAAAGAAAGACUAACCCAAUCAUGGAUUCUAACGGUGGCUUUCAUGAGGUGGAAAAAGAUGGUAAACUAUCUUUGGUAUACCAUCACCCCAAGUAUUGUCCAAUACCCCAAACACAUACUACGAUUUCGUCUGAUGAUCUUCUUUUUCAAACUCUUUUCUUGUGCCCAUAUAUACGUUGUAGAAAAAAUGUGAUCCAUUUUUCAGUAACAUUGCCGCUCAAUUCUUCUCCAGAGUACAUUUUUCCUACAACAACGAAUUCUAAAGAUCAUCAUGUAAAGCCUUUGUUUUGGUGCAAUAAUAAAGAAUUCGACGCCAAUGGUGGGUGCUACAUAUGCUAUGGUUCAAAUUUUGGCACAGACUAUUACUUUUGCGAAUACUGUGAUCAAAAUUUCCAUAAAGAAUGCGUUCAGUCUCCACUUAAAAUCAAACAUCCUUAUCAUCCUGAGCACUCUCUCCAACUUUCUUUUCAUAACCCUCAAGCUCGCUAUAUUGAGUGUUUAUGUUGCGGAAAAAGGGCAAACUUUAUGGUUUAUUAUUGUACCAUAUGUCAGGCUUUUAUGCAUCCAACAUGUGCGAUGAAACCAAUACCCUUUGUUAUAGACCAACCAAAAAAAUAUGUCCAUCCUCUCACAUUUUUCCCGAGACAAACUUCCUUAACUUGUAAUGUUUGUGGCUUAUUGAGAAAAAAUUAUCCCACCUACAUUUGUAUCAGAUACAACUUUGUAGCUCAUAUUGACUGUAUGAAUUUUUCACACAUCAUCAAGAUAUCACGUCACCAACAUCGUAUCUCCUACCUUCCUUCUCUUCCAUCAAGAGAACAGUCUUGUGGAGUUUGUCGAAAUAUAAACGGUGAUUAUGGUGCAUAUAUUUGCGGCAAGUGUAAUGACUAUGUUGUCCAUCCAAUAUGUGCUACUGGGAAGGAUGUGUGGGAUGGAAAGGAACUCGAGGGUGUACCAGAAGAUGAUGAUAUAACAAAAGAUCUUGGGCCGUUCAGUGUGAUAUCAGAAGGAGUGAUACUUUAUUUUCUUCAUGACCAUCAUCUUCGACUCGAAGUCGACCUACUUUAUGACGAAAAUAGGUUUUGUCAAGCAUGCAUCCUUCCUAUAUAUGAAGGAUCAUUUCUUUCACAUGCAAUGCUUGUCAUCGUAAUUGUGGUGGCUUUGUCUACGAGUGUCGAAACAAGCACAAAAGUGUUCUACGGAUGUGAUAACUGCUUCACCACUUUUCAUAUUGAAUGCGUACUCGGAGAAGACCCAUAUAUGAAGCCCGGUCAAUAUUUCGACUAUUGAGGGUAUAUUCAAAUUCUUAGCAAAUGUAACAUCUCUCGACCAUUCUGCGUUUCUUGCAAGAAACGUUGUCAAAGGAUAAUAUUUAAGAGAGGCAACAUCAUAGCAUGUUCUGUGGACUGUAUUGAAAAUGUAUAGAGACACAACACAAACAAAACAAGUACGCUUGGAACGCGCCAAGCAAACA